AAAACAUUAAAAUAAUGGCUUAGGAAAUUAAGGAAUUUCUCAGAAGGAAGGAUUAUUAUGAAAUAUUGGGAGUGUCAAGAUAAGCCACUCAUGAAGAGCUCAAGAAGGCUUAUAGAAAAUUAGCUUUGAAAUUCCACCCUGACAAAAACUAGUCUGAAGGAACUCAAGAAGCAUUCAAACGAGUUGCAUAAGCUUAUAAUUGUCUUUCAAAUCCUGAUAAAAAGAGAGUUUAUGAUCAAUAUGGAACAGAAAGACCAGAAACUUAACCCUAGCAGCACUAUUAAAAUCAAAAUGGAUAUUAUUAAGAUUCAUGUUAUGAUGAUGACUUGGCAAAUGUACAAAUAAAAUAAUAAAGGUUAGGAAAUCUUUAGAACCUUUUUUGGUCAACAUAGAGGUCAUCAUUAAUAUAGACAGCAUGAAAAUGGUUAAGCCAAUGCAUAAUUUCUGCAAUUUCUUCCUAUAAUAAUGGUGAUACUUAUAUCAUCAAAUUUUAUGUCAUUUGAAAAAUCUCCCAAUUAUGCCUUUUAAAAGUCUUAUGAAUACCAAACUUCCUAAACCACUAAAACACUAUAAGUAGGAAUUAUUUAUAAUAUAAAGGUUUAAUAUUAUAUUGGAUCAAAAUUCAACGAAGAAGUCUCAACAAAUGAAAAACUAAGAGAAAUUGAAUUGGAAAUUGAAUAGUAUUAUGUAAGUUAGUUAAAACGGGAAUGCAAACAUGUUGAAUACUAAAGAUAAAUGUAUGAAAACUAUGCAACCAGAGCUUUUUAUCAAAAAGAUCGUGAUACAUAUCGAAAUGUUGUCAGAAGAUUAGACUUCUCUUCUUGUGAUUAAUUGGAAGAUUAUCGAAGAACUAUUCCUAGAUUUGAUCAACUAUAUUGAUUUUUUAAUUAAUAUAUUAAAAUUUU